CACUGUGCACGACCCACCCACACAUGUGGCAGUCUCACCCUCACUGCCUCACAGUCACAGGCCACAACGCCAUUCCUCUCGCGAGGCCGCGACCUUCGCCUCUGUCUCACACUCUCACUCCUCUUUUACUCUGUUGGACACCUCUUCCCUCCCCAAAACCCGCGACUGAUGAUUAGCUGAGCGCCAUGGCAUCCCUGGUGCAGGACGGCAGGAGCAGAGCCGCCGCAGCAGCAGCAGCGAGGGAGAGGAAGCCGAGGCACGGCGCGAGGGCCGCUGCCAGGAGCCCCGGCAAGCCGGAGCUCGGGCGCAGGCAGCUCACUGGUAGGCUGCUGCUCGCGGCGUGCCUCCUCGCCCCGGUGCUCUACAUCUGCGCGGCCAGGCUCCUCUCGCCGCUGUCGUCACGGGUCUCGUCUGGCGAUGGAGUUUAUUUGGCCGAGGGAAACCAUAUUAGCUCUGAUGAUGCUGGAGGUGAGGCACCUCAAGAGUUCUUGAUGUUCAGCGAACGAGCGCUAGCUCGACUGGUGGGAGUGCGGCAGCGAAAACCAUUAGGUCGAGGGUUGGAUCACUACUACAAAACAUGUCUUUGUUCCAUGCCAUUUAUCCUGUCUGCCUUUGGAACCGGAACAAAAUGUGGCUUUUAUCCCGGGUACAAUGGCUAA